CCGGCCGCCUGGGUCCCCUCCCGCCCCCUCCCCCACCAUGAAGGACCGGACCCAGGAGCUCCGCAGCGCGAAGGACAGCGACGAUGAGGAGGAGGUCGUCCACGUCGACCGCGACCACUUCAUGGACGAGUUCUUCGAGCAGGUGGAGGAGAUCCGGGGCUGCAUCGAGAAGCUGUCGGAGGACGUGGAGCAGGUGAAGAAGCAGCACAGCGCCAUCCUGGCCGCCCCCAACCCCGACGAGAAGACGAAGCAGGAGCUGGAGGACCUCACGGCCGACAUCAAGAAGACGGCGAACAAAGUGCGCUCCAAGUUGAAAGCCAUCGAGCAGAGCAUCGAGCAGGAGGAAGGCCUGAACCGCUCCUCGGCCGACCUACGCAUCCGGAAAACGCAGCACUCGACGCUGUCGCGCAAGUUCGUGGAGGUGAUGACGGAGUACAACGCCACCCAGUCCAAGUACCGCGACCGCUGCAAGGACAGGAUCCAGAGGCAGCUGGAGAUCACCGGCCGGACCACCACCAACGAGGAGCUGGAGGACAUGCUGGAGAGCGGGAAGUUGGCCAUCUUCACGGACGACAUCAAAAUGGACUCGCAAAUGACCAAACAGGCCCUGAACGAGAUCGAGACGCGACACAACGAGAUCAUCAAGCUGGAAACGAGCAUCCGGGAGCUGCACGACAUGUUUGUGGACAUGGCGAUGCUGGUGGAGAGCCAGGGCGAGAUGAUCGACCGCAUCGAGUACAACGUGGAGCACUCGGUCGACUACGUGGAACGGGCCGUGUCGGACACCAAAAAAGCCGUAAAGUACCAGAGCAAAGCCCGGAGGAAGAAAAUUAUGAUCAUAAUUUGUUGCGUGGUGCUGGGGGUGGUCUUGGCCUCCUCCAUCGGGGGCACGUUGGGCUUGUAGGGCCCCUGGUGCGCCCCGCGGCAGCAAUUAACGCCCCACCCCUCCCCCUCCUCCUCCCUCCCCAC